AUGUAUCAGCAGCUAGAUCGGCUGGACUUUCAGGAUCCAUUUUCAGUGCAAGUACUAGCACCAGAAGGAGCAGGACCAGGAGCACAAGAAGGAUCGUCUGCUGCCGACGAUUGGUAUCUUCCCGCCUACGUCAACAUUGAAUAUCACCAUCCAGACGGUGGUGGGCACAUCAAAUCACUUGACUUUCACAAUUGUUCCUUUGUGUCCAUUCCGGAUUCAGUCUGGGGCCUUCCCUCGUUGGAAAAAGUGGAGAUUCAUGCUAUGGAAGACUUGAUCAGCCUGACGACGGUGACAUCGAAAGAUAAUACUACUACAACAACAACAACAACUCUACAAAAGUGCAAGCUAAAGGAAUUGAUUGUUGACGAAUGCUAUUCGCUUGACAAGCUCCCACCCCUUCCGGAUUCCUUGACACACAUCAGUAUCAAGGCAUGUCAUCGCAUGACCUUUUUGCCCAAGUCCAUUGUCGAGGCCACCAAUCUCAAAGUGCUGCAAAUAUCCAAUAUGAUGUUGCCAAUGGGACCUUCUCUUCCAUCUACUCUGGAAGAGCUCAAAAUCAAUGGAUCCGAAAUUCAAAUUCGAAAACUCAAAAUGUAUCUCGCCGGUGAUGGCUGCGGCGCGAUGAAGAAUCUAAAGUCACUGCGGUUGUCCAUGUGCGAUUUGAACAAUGAACAUUUGAAAGCCAUUUGGCGAGAAAUUCUGCCAAUCUGUCCACAACUGCAACGACUGAAUCUAUCUGGUAAUAACAUUCGAUCCUUGUCGUCUCUUGUUGUGGUGAAGACCACUCCUCGUACUACGAAGAAAUCUCCAACGAGAACAACAAGGACGAGGCUGAGAUCGCUCAACUUGGAGGGCAAUCCAGUUGUCAACAAGCAUAAUGACAACAAUAAUAAUACAAAUGAGGAGUCCAAUCAUUUGCUGACGAUCUUGGAACAAAAUCCUGAAUUAUGCUGUUUGGGAGGAGAUAUCAAUUGGAAACUACCAUUGUACCAAAAUCACUCAGCUGCCUUGCAAAAGGCUUUGGAUGACAACUUUGCUCGGAUUCUAAAGGCAUCGUCAUCCUCGUGUCCACUAGCACUGUGGUCCAACGUAUUGCAAUGCGCUGCUGCCAACACCAACAGUGUCAAGAACAACAAUGUGGAGGAUCAUCUUGCCGCAUCUCUGAUAUAUAAUGUGUUGCAGGGACCGGCGUUUGUGGAGAGAUUACCUCACACCUACUAG